UUUUUUUUAACCGUUGAUCGGUUAGUCUCGCGAUACUACAGGCUCUGUGUGCGCGCGCAGCCUCGCGCACGUCUGAGGAGCUGAGUUGGAGGAUCAUGGCGGAGCGCAGGAGGCACAAGAAACGGAUCCAGGAGGUGAGCGAGCCCACCAAGGAGGAGAAGGCAGUGGCCAAGUACCUCCGAUUCAACUGCCCCACCAAGUCCACAAACAUGAUGGGCCACCGAGUCGACUACUUUAUUGCCUCCAAGGCAGUGGACUGUCUGCUGGACUCCAAGUGGGCCAAGGCGAAGAAGGGAGAGGAGGCGCUGUUCACCACCAGGGAGUCUGUGUUGGAUUACUGCAACAGACUUCUGAAGAAGCAGUUCUUCCACCGGGCUCUCAAAGUGAUGAAGAAAAAACCUGAGAAAGACACCAAGAAGGAGAAGGAGAAAGAGAAAGAGAAGGCCAAGGGCGACAGCAGCAAAGAGGAGGAGAAAAAAGGGAAGAAGGAGAAAGAGAAGGAGAAAGAGAAAAAGAAAGAGUCUGAGGCUGCUGAAACCAAGAAAGAGAAGAGCGAUGACAGUCCUGGAAGCCCCAAGAAGAAGAAAGAGGUGAAGAAGAAGUUUAAACUGGAGCCUCAUGAGGAUCAGCUGUUUCUAGAUGGAAAUGAGGUGUAUGUGUGGAUUUACGAUCCGGUUCAUUUCAAGACAUUUGCCAUGGGACUGAUACUCGUCAUUGCAGUGAUAGCAGCCACGCUGUUCCCACUGUGGCCAGCAGAAAUGCGUGUAGGAGUUUACUAUCUAAGUGUUGCCGCAGGCUGCUUUGUGGCCAGUAUACUGCUUCUUGCUGUUGCCCGCUGCAUCCUCUUCCUGAUCAUCUGGGUGGUGACAGGCGGACGACACCACUUCUGGUUCCUCCCCAACCUGACGGCAGACGUAGGUUUCAUCGACUCGUUCAGGCCGCUCUACACUCACGAGUACAAAGGACCACGAGCCAGCAACAAGAAGGGCUCGGACAAGACGGACGAGAAGGACAACGGCGGCUCCACCAAGGCUCAGAAGUCAGACAGCGAUGAGAAGUCAGACAGCGAGAAGAAGGACGACGACGAAGAGGAGGAAGAGGAAGAGAGCAAAGAGGCAGGGCCAGAGGAGAGUAAAGAAGCAGAGGGGGAGGGAACGGAUCGCCACUCAGACACAGACAGCGACCGCCGGGAGGACGAGGGCUCGCAACACAGCAACGGAAACGACUUUGAGAUGAUCACCAGGGAGGAGCUGGAGCAGCACACGGAGGAGGAGGAGGAGGAGGAGGAGGAGGAGGAGGAGGAGGAGACGCAAGAGAGGAAAGAAGGGGCUGAGAGUGAGACUAAACACCAGACUGCUGAAACAUAAACUUCUUACAAUCCCAUCACUCUCUACUUCUCUCUCUCUGUCCUUCCCUCCCUUCCUCCUGCUAGUCCGGCCUCUGUGAGCCUGCUGAGGCCGAGGAGAGGCUCCAUCUCUUGUUGUUGAGAUCUUCCACUAAAACAGUACUGAUAGACCAGUACCUGGAUAGACACAACGGUGAAAAGUAAAUGGCUACUACAAUGAUAUAAAAUUAAAUUUAAAAAAAAGAAGAAGCCUUAUGGUGGAUCUGACUCCUCCCACCCAAAUGUUAUUUAUGUUAAAAUGAAAACUGCCACCAACAUGUUUGCCUGAGGAAGUUGUCAAAACAAAAUCCAUCAGACCAACAAACAGCCCUGAUGGAGGGUUUAUUUGUCUUUUUCUUUUUUUGGUUUAUCGUGUCAUGAAGUAGCUUUUUGUGUCCUUUCAACUCAAAAUGUUUUAUUUAUGUCCCCUGUCUUUGGUUACAUUUGGAUGUUUUGUAUUUGAGGUAAAAUCCAGAUCUUACAUACAGAUGAUGGAAAAGUGCUAUCAUGCUAAACUAACCAGUAAGAGAAGACGUGCUGGUUUCUUUGCCCCCCUCCCUUUUUUGUCGUCUUUGAGCACCAUGUUGUUGGUACAAUCACGGAAGUUCUGGAGAAAGCCAGAAAGCCCCUCUUCUUUCACAUUUAAUUUUUUUUGGUGAGCUAACUCUGGCAGGAGCACGCUUCACAUCUUGUCGAAAGCCAAUGAGUCUGAUCGCUUUCUCAGGCAGCCCUUUAAGACCAGCGUGUCUGCUUUGAAACCUGAACUAAACCAGAUGGACCAAAUCCUGUAGUUUACUCAAAGGAACCUAAAAAAUUGACCAUAUUGUGGCUGGAUAGAGUAUUUGGAGAGUAGUACGGCUCUUUGAAGUACUUGGCAUUUUCAGUAAAAAAACAUGAUGUUGGGUUUUGUUUUUUUUGUUUUGUUUUUUUUAAAUGGCUGAUGAUCAUAGUGCAAUCCUCUCCACAGUCUGAAGUACUUGUAGUUCAUGUUCAAUGUGGGACUCAUCCUUAAGAGUAAAUGUGAGCAACUGGGACACAGCUGGCGUACUUGAUUUUCUUUUUUUUUUUUAAAAGAUUGCAGCAUUUGUUGUACAACUAAAGCUAGAAGAUUUUAAGUUGACUGAUUAACUGUCUAUUUGCAAACAGAACCAGAUAUAAAGUAAAGCAAACUCUAGUGCCAAACACAACUAAUAAAAAUGUUAUGCAUGCUGAUUUAAUACGGAGCUGAGAGCGAGGGGUACGUUUUGUUAAUUUGUUCAUUUUGUAACUGCAGUGUCAAACUCCUCAAACCUUUCACAUCUUUGGGGGGGAGGGGAAAUAAAGAUUUUUAAAAAAGCACAGCACAAGGUUGUUAGUGUGUAGCUAAACAAAGAUUUUUGGUCUCAAUGAAACCGUUUAAAAAGGUGUUCGCACUAGGCUCACAUCCAAACCAGUUCUGUCUCGUCUCACACAAGCCGUCAUGUGUGAAAAUAGUGGGCGUGCUUCAUGAAUCCAGCUCCACUGACCAGACUAGUUUUAUUUCCAGUCGAAGCCCAGUAACUGGCGGCCGUGGUCCAAGCUGUUCCUUCACGUUAUCUUCUGUCUUAGAUGCUCUUUUUAGUCAUAGCGAGGAUUAUAUUUAAGUAUAAAAAAUAGAAAUGUAUCAUUUAUACAUGGAUUCUAUUGAUAUAUCAAAUAUAUAAAUACAAUACUUAGUCUAAAAAACUAUAAAGCAGCUUUUUUUCUCCCCUUUUUUUUUGUAUUAGGAGGCAUAUAAUUUUUAGUGUUUGAAAUGUUCAUUCUCAUUUGUUUUUAUACGAUUCAUCAAGAGUGUACUUGUUAUUUAAAGGUAACAUCUGGGAUUAGAAAAUAGUGGGAGUUUAUUAGAUAUCAGCAUUUUUCUGUAUUUUAUUUUUACAUUUGCCACUGUAACAUUGAAUGUGUGAUCUGGUUGGCUUGUGCGCUGCCACGUCUGUAUUUCUCUCGCUAAAAAUGGUCAGUCAUUAACCCGAGGUUAUAAAACCAGUGGCUGGUGUAACACUGACAGCAACAGUUCCCACUGAAUCUCAUGGGGCAAAACUUCUGCCCACACUAAAAUAAUAUUUGAAUAUAUUCCACACAGUUUUCUGUACAGUCGUCCAUUUGUUUAGCCUAAAAAUUAACUCACCUAGACUAAAUUUAGUAGUUUGCUCUCCUGUAAUCCCACUGAGGUUUGUAGCUCUUCAACUUUCUAUCCCUCCAGACCACCAUGUUGUUGCUCUUGUUUCUUUUCUUCUAAUAUAUAUUUUUUUUCUCCCCCAAACGGGCAAAGUGCAUCUCUGUGUCCUGAGUUGCCAGUCGCUGUACUCUCAAUCUUGGCAUAACCAUUUUACAAAAGAGAAAAAAAAAAUUAUUCUCCCAGUUGUUCUUGACUGUUGCACCACAGUAUCGGUCUGUUGUAUAUUGUAGUAUUAUUACUCUCUAUGCUGCUGCUGCUUUUCAUCGCACAUUUCUGGGGGGGAAAUAAGUGAAAUUGUAAAACAUACAUGUUUUAUCUCUGGUCAAAAACUGUCUUUUGAUCGCCUAGUUGUCUACAUUUGGAUCAGUGUCAUUCUGAAGACUUGUCUCAUGCAAUAUUGGAGAAUAAUUUAAUAAAACGAUGUCUGGAAAUAUAUCUGUAUCUUAUCAUUGCAAUAAAAAUAUAGAAAGCA